AUGCUAAUAGGUCAUACCAGUAGUGAUUCUUCGUCUGCAGGUGGUGACAACAAUGGUGCCGGUAACUUAAGGAAUGCUGAUUAUGAUGAAAAAGAUUAUGAUAAAAAUGGUCUUUCAUUUCAAAGAAGUGUAAAUUUAUCAACCUUGAAUUCAAAAUCCGAUGCUUCAACUGAUAUUAGCUAUAGAUUUUUACCCUCAGGUGAAUAUAAAGUAGAGGCAAAUAAACCUAAAACUUUCUUAAAUCAAGAUGAUUUAGAAAAAGUCACAGAUUCUGAAAUCUACCCUCAGAAAAGAUUAUUCUCUUUCCUCCAUUCAAAAAAAAUCCCACCUGUUCCACAAGAUGAUGAUGAAAGGAAGAUUUUUCCCUUAUAUCAUGCAAAUAUCAUUUCAAGAAUAUUCAUUUGGUGGGUAUUCCCAAUCAUUAAAGUGGGUUAUAAAAGAACAAUUCAACCAAAUGAUCUUUUUAUAACUGAUAAAAAAAUGUCAAUCGACGCAAUUUACAAAAGCUUUGAAAAAAAUAUGAACUUUUAUUUUGAAAAGUAUCGUAAUGAAUAUAAAAAAUUACAUCCAGAUGCUACAGAUCAAGAAGUAGUAGAAAAUACAGAAUUGCCAAGAUUUACUGUUUUAAGAGCUUUAUUCUUCACGUUUAAAUAUCAAUAUCUAUGGGCUGUCACUUGUGCUAUUUUAUCAAAUUGUGCAUCAGGUCUAAAUCCUUUAUUGACUAAAAGAUUAAUUGAAUUCGUCGAAGCAAAAGCAUUGGUACCAAGUUUACAUGUAAAUAAAGGGAUUGGUUAUGCUUUCGGUGCUUGUAUUAUGAUCUUUGUUAAUGGUGUCUUUUUUAACCAUUUUUUCUGUGCUUCUCAAUUGACUGGUUCUCAAGCAAAAUCGGUAUUGACUAAAGCAGCUUUAAGUAAAAUGUUUAGAGCAAAUGGUUAUGCAAAACAUAAAUUCCCAAACGGUAAAGUUACUUCUUUUGUCACUACAGAUCUUGCAAGAAUAGAAUUUGCUAUUUCAUUUCAGCCGUUUUUGGCAGGUUUCCCUGCCGCUUUGGCAAUUUGUAUUGUAUUACUUAUUGUCAAUUUAGGGCCUAUUGCUUUAGUUGGUAUCGGUGUCUUCUUUGCUUCAUUUUUCUUCUCAUUAUUUGUCUUUAAGCAAAUUAUCGGUUUAAGAGUUACAUCUCUAAUUUUUACAGACGCUAGAGUGACAAUGAUGAGAGAAAUCUUAAAUAAUAUGAAAAUGGUUAAAUAUUAUGCAUGGGAAGAUGCGUAUGAAAAAAAUAUAACUGAUAUUAGGACAAAUGAAAUAGAUAAAGUUAGAAAAAUGCAAUUUAUCAGAAAUUUUAUGAUCGCUCUGGCAAUGUCAUUACCAAAUAUCGCGUCUUUAGUGACGUUUUUGGCAAUGUAUAAAGUGAACAGUUCAGGAAGAACACCGGGCAAUAUUUUUGCUUCUUUGUCAUUAUUUCAAAUCUUAAGUUUACAAAUGUUCUUCUUCCCUAUUGCUAUUAGUACUGGUAUCGAUAUGAUUUUAGGUUUAGAUCGUUUCCAAAAUUUAUUAGAAGCUCCAGAGAUCAAUCAGAAACUAUUGGAUGAAAUGGCUCCAACUUCAGAUAUAGAUCCAAAUACAGCUUUAAGAAUGAAAAAUGCUUCAUUUGAAUGGCCAGACUAUGAAAAAAUUGAUGCCGAACAAGAAGCUAAACAAAAGGAUAAAAAUAAAAAUAAGAAGGAUAAAGUUAAGAAAAAAGAAGAGUCUAAGAAGCCAUCAGCAAAAGAAAGCAGUCCAGUUGAUCUCGAAAAAUUUGCAUUUUCAGGUUUUAAAGACAUUAAUUUAGAAAUCCAUAAAGGUGAAUUUAUUAUGAUUACUGGUCCGAUUGGUACCGGUAAAACUUCUCUUUUAAAUGCAAUGUCUGGUUUGAUGGAAAAAACCGAGGGUUCAGUACAAAUCAAUGGUGAAUUAUUAAUGGGAGGUUAUCCAUGGAUUCAAAAUGCUACAGUUCGUGAUAACAUUAUCUUUGGUUCCCCCUUUGAUAAAUCCAAAUAUAAUAUGGUUGUUAAAGCGUGUUGUUUAGAUGCAGAUUUAGAUAUAUUACCCGCCGGUGAUAUGACUGAAAUUGGUGAACGUGGUAUUAAUUUAUCCGGUGGUCAAAAAGCACGUAUAAAUUUAGCAAGAUGUGUCUAUAAGAAUAAAGAUAUUUACUUGUUUGAUGAUGUUUUGAGUGCUGUGGAUUCUCGUGUAGGUAAGCUAAUCAUGGAUGAAUGUCUAUUAGGAUUAUUAAAUGGCAAAACUCGAGUCUUGGCCACACAUCAAUUGUCCUUAGUUGAAAAUGCAAGCCGUGUUAUUGUUUUAGGAAAUGAUGGAUCUGUUGAUAUUGGUACUGUUGAAGAACUAAAGAAACGUAAUCAAACAUUUAUAACUUUAAUGGAACAUACUACCCAAAAGCAAGACGAAGAUGAAGAACAAGAUGAAGAAUUUGAAAUUGAAGUAAAAGAAUUAUCUGAAUUAGAAAAAAAUCUUACUAAAGUUACUACAAAAAGUGAGGUUGAUGGUCAUAUCAUUAACAAAGAAGAAAGAGCAGUUAAUAGUAUCGGAUGGUAUAUUUAUAAAAGUUAUUUAAAGGCAGCUGUAGGCAAAUGGGGUUUCCUUGUAAUACCAUUGUAUGUAUUCUGUGUGACCGCAACUACAUUCUGCUCUCUAUUCUCAUCCGUAUGGCUUUCAUUUUGGACUGAAGAUAAAUUUCCAACAAGGUCGACUAGCUUUUACAUGGGUUUGUACUCUUUUUUUGUCUUUGGUGGUUAUAUUUUUAUGACUUCUCAAUUCACAAUUGUUUGUUUUAUUGGUGUAAACGCUUCUAAGAAACUAAACUUGAGUGCAGUUCGUAGAAUUCUUCAUACACCAAUGGCUUUCUUGGAUACAACCCCACUAGGUCGUAUUUUGAACAGAUUUACAAAAGAUACCGAUAGUUUAGAUAAUGAACUGACAGAAAAUGUUCGUUUGAUGUUGGCCCAAUUUGCAAAUAUAAUUGGUGUCUGUGUUAUGUGUAUCAUUUAUUUACCAUGGUUCGCAAUCGCCAUUCCAUUUAUUCUAUUAAUAUUUGUUCUGGUGAGUAACCAUUACCAGAGCGCCGGUAGAGAAAUCAAAAGAUUGGAAGCUAUCCAAAGAUCAUUUGUUUACAAUAAUUUAAAUGAAGUUCUUGGUGGUAUGGAUACUAUUAGAUUUUAUAAUAGUGAAGAGAGAUUUAUGGCGAAGUCGGAUUAUUUGAUUGAUAAAAUGAAUGAAGCCGGUUAUUUGGUUGUUUGUGUUCAAAGAUGGGUUGCCGUUCUUUUGGAUAUGAUUGCAGUUUGUUUUGCUUUAAUUAUUGCUCUGUUAUGUGUUACUAGGCAAUUCCACAUUUCAGCUUCAUCUGUAGGUGUUUUGUUAACUUACGUAUUACAAUUACCAGGGCUGUUGAAUACUGUUUUGAGAGCAUUAACGCAGACUGAAAAUGAUAUGAAUAGUGUUGAAAGAUUGGUAUCAUAUGCAACUGAACUUCCAACGGAAGCAGCAUAUCGUAAACCAGAAAGCUCACCUGAUCCAUCUUGGCCUCAGGAAGGUAAAAUUGAUUUUGAAGAAGUAUCGUUUGCUUACAGACCUGGCUUACCAGCUGUUCUAAAGAAUCUUUCCAUGAGUAUUAAUGGUGGUGAAAAGAUUGGUAUUUGUGGUCGUACUGGUGCUGGUAAAUCUACGAUUAUGAGUGCUUUAUACAGACUUAACGAAUUGGAAUCAGGCAGAAUUAUUAUUGAUGGAGUGAAUAUCAGUAAUAUUGGUUUGUUUGACUUAAGAAGAAGUUUAUCGAUUAUUCCCCAAGAUCCUGUUCUAUUUAGAGGUACUAUUAGAAAGAAUUUAGAUCCUUUUGGAGAAAGAUCAGAUGAUGAAUUAUGGGAUGCCUUAUCAAGAGGUGGUUCCAUAGAUAAGGAAAGUCUUGAAGAGGUUAAAACACAAAAGUCAACUGGCAAUAGUAAAGUUCAGGAAUUACACAAAUUCCAUUUAGAUCAAGAAGUUGAAGAAGAGGGUAGUAAUUUUUCGUUGGGUGAAAGACAGUUAUUAGCUUUGGCAAGAGCAUUGGUUCGUAAUUCUAAGGUAUUAAUCUUAGAUGAGGCGACAUCAUCAGUUGAUUAUGAAACUGAUAAUAAAAUUCAGAAUCGUAUUAUUGAAGCUUUCAGUGAAUGUACAAUUUUAUGCAUUGCUCAUAGAUUGAAGACGAUUUUGAAUUAUGAUCGAAUCUUAGUACUAGAAAAGGGUGAAAUUGCAGAAUUUGAUAGUCCAUAUAAUUUGUAUAAGAUGGACGGUAUUUUCACAAGUAUGUGUAUGAGAUCAGGUAUCACUGAAGAGGAUUUCAAAUUAAAAUAA